CUUCAAACCACCGCUCUUGUCUCUUUUAAGGACAUACACCCACCCACACACUCCUUCGCAUAUCUAAUACUAGGUGGAUUGCUCUAUUGUGUCGCAGUCUGGAAAAAAAAGGCAGAGCACAAUGGACGACAUCGAGGAUCGGUUACGGAGUCAUGCGCAGGCCUUUAAUGGGCUGUUGUCGUUAAUACCGGCAAAGUACUAUUACGGUGAAGAUGGCAGUGACCAAUGGAAGCGAAAGAAACAGACCAAGGAGGAAGCCCGUGAGGCCAAACGGGCCAAAUUGGAUCCCGACACUGCUAAAACGGCCAAGGACGUCAUGGACGAGAGCGCCCGGAAGCGUAAGCGCGAUGAAAAAGAGGCCGGGUCUGGGUCCGGAGACGAUGAUGGAUCGUCACCGUCGGACGAUGAGAACGCUGAGAAGCCCAAGGAGGGCUUGAAACGAGCGGAUGGCGUUAAGAAACAGAAACCGGACGAGGAAUCGGAAAAGCAGGGCAAGUCAGCGGAAGAGGUAGAGGCGCGCAAGAAACAGAAGGAAGAAAAGAAGGUGCAGAAGAAGGUUGCCCAGAAGGAGAAGAAGAAGGCCAAGGAUGCUGCUAAGAAGGACAAGCAACCGGAAGAGCAGAACAAGGCCCCGCAACAGAAUGGAACCAAAUCCGAUGACACUAAGAAAGAGAAAAAGCCGGAGCCUAAGCAACAGGUAAACGACGAUGACGAUGGUAGUGAUGACGAAGAGCACGAGACCGAAGGACUCUCCCUCGACUUCAAUGAACAACCAGAACAGACAUCGACCGCUUCCUCGACAUCCGGCUCUUCCGCCUCGAAUCCUCAAUCUGGCAGUUCGUCCGUAUCCUCCAUCGCUCCCCCAAAUAACGAGUCCGCCAAACAAGAAACUUCCGAGCCCAAGACUCCUAAACCAACACCAGAGGAGUUGAAGCAACGGUUACAGAAGCGCCUGGAUGAGCUCCGCGCAAAACGCCACGCAGAUGGCCUGAAUGGCAGACCCGCACGGAACCGUCAAGAACUUAUCGAAGCCCGCCGCCAAAAGGCAGAGCAACGCAAAGCGCACAAGAAACUGCUCCGCCAAAAAGCCAAGGAAGAAGAAGAACAGAAGAACGACGAAGCCCUUGCCCGCCGUUUCUCCCCAGGAGGCUCCGGCUCCCUCCUUGCUUCCCCACGCUCCCCCGCUGAAUCAGUCGACAACGCCAGCUACUCUUUUGGCCGCGUCGUCUUUGCAGAUGGCCAGCAUGCCGACCCCACUCUGUCCACUCUCCGCGACAAGCCCAAGAAACACGGUGCCCUGGACCCCGCCUCGGCCCUCCGCGCAGCAGAGUCCAAGAAGACCCGCCUCGCCGAGAUGGAUGAAAACAAGCGCGGCGAUAUCGAGCAGAAGGACAUGUGGCUCAACGCCAAGAAGCGGGCACACGGCGAGCGCGUGCGCGACGAUACCUCUCUCCUCAAGAAGGCGCUGAAGCGCAAGGAAUCCGCGAAGCGCAAGUCUGAGCGGGAGUGGAAGGGGCGUGUUGACACUGUCAAGAAGAGCCAAGAUACGAAGCAGCAAAAGCGCGAUGCUAACCUGCGCAAGCGACGUGACGAAAAGGGUGGUAAUAAGGGAAAGAAGCCCGCCGGGGAAUCGAAGAAGAAGGCCAGACCUGGGUUUGAGGGUAGCUUCAAGGCCAAGGUUGGUGGGAAGAAGAAAUAA